AGAGUUAAAAAAGAAAGUUGAAUGGUCUAAUCUGUCGCUUAUGCUUGGAGUUGGUGAGCACAGUUCCCCCCCGAAAGUGGAUUCCAUUGGCUACUUUGAGGUUUCCCUGUUCCUUUCUGCUCAAAAAGGGAACAAAGAACAAAAAGUCAUCCAAGGGAGGAGCAGAGGUGAUUGAACAUGUUCAAAUCUCCAGAACUCCCAGAUUGCUUUUACCAAAACCAGCCAACUUUAAUCUGUCCCAACACCCCGACCCCAAAGCAUUCCCUGUAUCUCUCCAACCUUGAUGAUCAAAAGUUCCUUAGAUUUUCCAUUAAAUAUCUCUACCUUUUCAAGAAAGCUGUUAGCCUAGAUAUCUUGAGAUAUUCUCUCUCCAAAGUUCUUGUUGAUUACUACCCAUUAGCCGGGAGGUUGAGAACAUGCACACUCGGGGAUCAGAAGCUCGAGAUUGAUUGCAAUGGUGAAGGCGCCGUCUUUGCUGAUGCUUUCAUGGAUAUCACUUCCGAUGAGUUCCUUGAGAUUUCCAGGAAACCCAACAGGUCUUGGAGGAAGCUCCUUUACAGGGUUGAAGCUCACACUUUCCUUGACAUCCCUCCCCUUCUAGUUCAGGUAACGAAUCUCCGCUGUGGAGGUAUGAUCCUCUGCACCGCGAUUAAUCAUUGUAUAUGUGACGGCAUAGGCACUUCCCAGUUCCUGCACGCGUGGUCCCACGUGAUCACCAAACCAACACUCGAUCUUCCCAUCGCGCCCUUUCACAGUCGCCACGUGUUGAAACCCCGACAUCCUCCUCAAAUAACCCAUACCCACAGGGGAUAUACCAAAAAUACCCCCAAAGACGAAUCCCACGUGGAUAUCAACCAGUAUUUACAGUCUCAGCCACUGGUGCCAACAUCCUCAACCUUCACCACUGCCAACGUCCUCCGACUCAAACGACAGUGCGUCCCGUCCCUCAAGUGCACCACCUUCGAGGCCCUGGCCUCCCACACGUGGCGCUCAUGGGUUCGAUCCCUGGACCUGCCCCCUUCGUUCACCGUCAAGCUCCUGUUCUCCGUCAACGUUCGGAAAAAGUUGAACCCGGAAAUGCCUCAGGGGUAUUACGGCAACGGAUUCGUCCUCGCCUGUGCCGAGACCUCGGUGAAAGACUUGGUCACCGCGAAUUUACACCACGGGGUGAAGCUAAUCCAGCAAGCCAAAUCCAGUCUAACCGACGAUCACGUGAGGUCAAUGAUCGACUUGUUGGAGGACAAAGAUGUCAAAACGGAUACUUCCUCGAGCCUGGUAAUUUCUCAAUGGGCUAAGUUGGGAUUGGAGGACUUGGAUUUGGGAGAAGGGAAGCCAUUGCAUAUGGGCCCUUUGACAAGUGAUAUUUACUGCUUGUUUUUACCGGUUGUUGGUAAUUUUGACGCGGUGAGAGUGCAAGUAUCAGUGCCAGAGUGUGUGGUUGAAAAGUUUGAGUAUUAUAUGAAAGAAGGUUUGGAUAAAGAAGAAAAUGGAGAUAUUAAUGGGUUUCAUAAUGGAGAACAAAAUGGUUUGAUUUGAAGAAGGUGCUUCAAAGUUUUUUUUUUUUUUUAACCCUCCCCUGGUAAUAAUGAGAGACACUUACUGUAAUUUGAGUAUCUAAAGGUGAAUAUCUGAUUGCUUUUUUAUAUUUCCGAAGAGUACUUAAAUAUGCCUUCAUGUUGUGCCUAAAA